AAACCGAACGAACCUUUUCUUUUAUUUACAUGGUUCUGGAGCGGAGCUUGUGAUUGGACCAGCAGAUCGGAAGUAGUGGCGUUAAUACGGAAGUGCAGCAGAAAUGUGUCAAUGAAAAAGUACCUUGCGAGGGUUUAUCUGUUUGUCCAUCAAGUUUAGCGUAAGAGAUUUUGUUCGUGCUUUUAAAAAACAUGGCUUGUUUUUUUAGGAGAAGAAUUGCGGCGAAGCUGGGCAGGGCGCUGCAGCAGUCUGAGGAUGUUUUUAUACCAGCUCUGGCAGCAGUUCCGGUCCUGAAGAGACAGGAGGGACCCGAUUUCAGACUGUUCACUGGCACGUUGAGAGCUAGUGGGAUUUUACCAUCCAGUGGAGACGUUCAGGUGCAGACAGAAAACUUGGCCACUCAGUUGAAGCGGGACAAUGUGGUGGAAGAUGUCUCAACUGGACGUGGAGUUAUCAACUUUAAAGUUAAUCGGAAUCUUCUUGCUCAGAAAUUGUUGGAGCCAUUUGGAAAUGGGGAGGAUGACAAAUUUGGGUUAAACAGUGAACUUUUUAAUACUCUCACGAGGGGAACAACAUUAGUGGAGUAUAGCUCUCCAAAUAUCGCCAAAAAGUUUCAUGCAGGACAUUUGCGGUCCACAGUAAUCGGUAACUUCAUUGCAAACCUAAAACAGUCACUUGGAAACAAUGUUAUUCGAAUGAACUACCUCGGAGACUGGGGGAUGCAGUUUGGUUUGCUGGGAGCCGGAUUUGGACAGUUUGGAUGUCCAGACAAAUUAAAACAGAAUCCCCUUCAGCAUUUGUUUGAGGUUUAUGUUCGAGUAAACAAAGAAGCAGAGCACGAUGAGGAUAUGAAACAGGCUGCCAGAGACUUCUUUAGACAGCUGGAGCAGCAUGAGAGCCAUGCUGUGUCCUUAUGGCAACAGUUCAGAGACAUCACAGUGAAGGAAUAUCAGCAUAUUUAUAAGCGGUUAGGGGUCCACUUUGACGUUUACAGUGGGGAGUCUUUUCACCAGGAUCAGGCCCAGGAGGUGGUGCAGCAGCUGCAAAGCCGAGGCCUGCUAAAAACCUCUGAGAAGGGCACUGGUGUGGUGGAUCUUUCCCCUAAUAGAGACAUGAGCAACGUCUGCACGCUACUCCGCAGUGAUGGUACAACUCUCUACAUCACCAGAGACAUUGCUGCAGCCAUUAACCGCAGAGAAAAGUACAGUUUUGAUGAGAUGAUUUAUGUGACUGACAAAAGUCAAGAGAAUCACUUCUCCCAGUUAUUCCAGAUCCUACUUGCGAUGGGUCAUUCUUGGGCUGACAGGUGUCGGCACGUGUCCUUUGGUCUGGUGCAGGGCAUGAAGACCAGGGCUGGAGAAGUGGUGUUUCUAGAGGAUGUGCUGGAUGAAGCUCGGGCUAGGAUGCUCCACAACAUGAGCCAGUCAAACACAACAAAGGAAUUGGAAAACCCAGAGGACACGGCAGAGAAAGUUGGAAUCAGUGCACUAAUAAUCCAAGACUUUAAAGGCCCCCUACAGUCAGACUAUAAGUUUGACUGGGACCGGAUGCUGCAGGCUCAGGGUGACACGGGCGUCUUCCUUCAGUACACACAUGCUCGACUCUGCAGUUUAAAGCAGAGGAAUAAAGGCGUGGAGGCAGCUGCUUUCGACCCAGCCCUUCUAUCCGAGCAGACAAGUAUCGCCAUCCUGCAGCACCUCCUUCGUUACGAUGAGGUGUUGUACCAGUCAUCCCAGGAUCUGCAGCCCAAGCACCUUGUCAACUUCUUAUUAAAACUAUGUCACCUGAUUGCUUCAGCACACAGAGAACUGCCGGUAAAAGGAAGUGCCGAGGCUGUUGCACAGGCAAGGUUACGACUGUUCAACGGAGCACGCUCAGUCCUGGCCAACGGGAUGAGGAUCCUGGGCAUCACACCAGUUAAUAAAAUGUGAAACUCAAACUUCGUUAAUGUGUAUCAAUAUUUUUUCGGCGCUGCAAGUACUGCUACAGUCAAUUUGUACACUAGAUACAGAGCCUUACAUUGUCAAACUAAAACUCAUGAGUGAAUCGAUAUCCACUGUAUUAUG